GAUUGGCCUGCCGAUUUAAUCGGUCCGACCAACCGAGUCACUUCACGGGUCGGAUUUUAAAACCGCUGGCCAGACUACUCGGAUGGAAGAUCAGGAUAAAGCCAGACGCGAAUCGUGAGCGCUAGGGGAAAAGAAGGAAGCAAAGCGAUGAUACUUUUGGAACCCCCCAUUAUAUUUACUACGCCCGCUAAAUUAAGUAGCAGGCGGCCAUUUUUAACCUCAGCUGCUGUUCGAUGUUCCUCCAUUACCAAGCCGGAAUGUAGCGCCAAAGCUUCUUUCAAGUGUUCUUGCAAAAAAAAUGGAAAAUCUGGCGACGACUUUGAGAGCUUUUCAGUGCUGGUAUCUGAUAUUCCUUGGGAUGAUGGGAGUACAUGGAGCACUAUGGCUUUGUAUUUCUUCAGUUUGCACAUUCCUUUGAGUUUUGGGGCGUUGUCUCUGGUUGCUCGGAUGUUGCAUCAAACUAUUCUUGAUUUACAGACAGAGGCAUUAUCCUUGCUUGUGAUUGAGACUUUGGAGCUCAUUGGGGCACUGUUGCUACUGAAAUGCACUGCAAAGCCUCAGUUUAAGCUUGUUAGCUUCUUCAAAGUUGACAAAUCAUCUAAAGAGAGGAAUUGGUUGAUGGCGUCUGCAAUUGGUUUUGGGAUCCUUAUACUGUUCGUUUUCCUCACAUCUCUUCUUGCCGACAUAAUAAUUGGGCCGAAGGAGGUGAAUAAUCCAAUUCUUAAGGAGAUCCUUUUAAGUGGCAACGUCUCUGAAAUUGCUUGCUUCAUUGUUUACUGCAUAGUCGCUCCUCUGCUGGAAGAAACUGUUUACAGAGGAUUUCUAUUAACUUCUAUUGCCUCAAAAAUGAAGUGGCAGCAUGCAGUUGUCAUAAGCUCAGCCAUUUUCAGCUUGGGUCAUUUCUCUGCCUUAGAACUUUUUCCACCACAACGGUAACUAUGUAUAAAGGAGGACUUCUCAAAUCAAGCACAAGAUUAUACAAGGGAAAAAAGGGUUAAGGCAAGGAGAUCCCCUUUCUCCCCUCCUCUUUGUCAUAGGCAUGGAAUACUUGUCGAGCCAAUUGAAAACACUGGAAGGCGAAUUAUAUUUUAGAUUUCACCCAAGAUGUGAGGUGCUGAAGAUCUCUCACUUAAUAUUUGCAGAUGACUUAAUGCCGUUCUCAAGAGGAGAUGUUGCCUCAGUUGAGUUCCUUAUGGAGUGCCUAAAUUUAUUCAGCAGAUGCUCUGGGUUGACAGCUAAUAACAUGAAAUCGAGUAUUUAUCAGGCAGGAAUUAAACAAGAAGAUUUGGAAAAGAUUUUGAAUCUAACUAGUGUGAACCUUGGGGAGUAUCCCUUCAGAUACUUGGGAGUCUCCCUUCAGAUACUUGGGAGUCUCCCUGUUGGCAUCAAGAUUGAAUUCAGCUCACUAUGGUCCAGUGGUGAAUCGAAUAGCAAACCUUUUGAAAGGCUGGAUGGGUAAUUCACUAUCUUACGCAGGAAAGUUGGAGGUUUUAAAUUCAAUAAUACAAGGGAUUGAAUGUUUUUGGCUGGCCAUCUUCCCCAUCCCUCUGAAUGUGUUAAACCAAAUUGUGAAACUCUGCAGAGGUUUCCUUUGGGGUGGGAGGAAAAAGCCUCUGGUUGCAUGGAAAGAUAUCUGUGUCCCCAAAACAGAAGGGGGCUUGGGAGUUGUUGAUUUGAGCUCUUGGAACAAGGCAUUGCUGACCAAAACCUUGUGGAACAUUCAUUCGAAAAAAGACUCUUUGAGGUCAAAAUGGAUGCAUCAUGUGUAUUUGAGCAAUGCAUCCAUCUGGGAAGUGACAACAAAGAAAGAUGACUCCAAUCUCUUUAAGAAAUUGCUGGAGAUUAGAGAUCAAUUGUUGGAAAAAUGUGGAGAUGAGAGAAAUGCCACUAAACUGAUGGAAAGAUGGGAAGUCGACAAUCACAAGUGCUACGAAUUCUGGAGAAGUAGAAAUCAGAUUGUGUCGUGGGCUAGAGAGGUCUGGUACAGUGUUAUCCUGCCCAAGCAUGCAUUUUGCCUCUGGUUAUCAGUGAAGGGAAAGCUCCCUACUUGUGACAAAGUAACUGUUGAGGGUAUGGAUCAUAACUGUACUUAUUGCAAAGUUGGUCCUGAGACCCUUGAACAUUUAUUUUUUAGAUGCAAUUACACAGCUGGGGUAUGGAAGAAAAUCAGAGAGUGGCUGGGCAUAAGGAGGGAAAUGAAUACGAUAAAGGCUGCUGUAAAAUGGCUGCAUAAAGAGGUAAAAGGAAAUGGAUUUUGCUCGGUUGGAAAAAGAGUUGGUUUGGCGGCUACAGUAUAUUCUGUUUGGCAUUUCAGAAAUAGAAGUAGGUUUGAAGGGCAUACUAUUACCGCCCAGGAAAUGGUCCUGUUGAUACAAAAACAGAUUUAUAGGGUCGCAUUUGAUAAAUUUGGUAUUAAUACUUAUGCUUAAAGUGUUGAGAAUGAAGGAGGUUCUUGAGAUGUAAAUGAAAUACAACUGUCUUAGGAAUGCCCAGGUUUUGAUGUUUGUACUUUCUGGAUGUUUUUUGAGUUCAAACCAUUUAGAUUGGCCAUUAAUGGCCCUUGGGAAUGCCUAGGUUCUAAUGUAAUCUUGGACGCAUACACUGCAUUGUUUGUCGGGAACUUGUUCCCCUUUGGCCUGGGAAUGCCCAGUGGAGCUGUAAUUAUUCAUAUUUGAUCAAUAUACUUUUACCUUUGAUAAAAAAAAAAAAGAUUAUACAACCUGAUUAUUAGGCUGAAAAUUUGGUUGUAACAGCCAGAAACUUUAUGUAACAGUUAGACAAAUCAAGAGUUAAAACUUUGUAAUAGUUAGGCAAAUUACGAGUUAAAACUUUGUAAUAGUCAGACAAAUCAUGAGUUAAAGUUU